AUGGCAACUUUUAACUACACAGGAACCAGUCAUUCACUCUUUAUUCUGCUGGGCAUCCCUGGCCUGGAAGACCAACACACAUGGAUCUCUCUCCCCUUCUUCAUUUCCUACCUGGUUGCACUCUUUGGAAACAGCAUUCUUAUCCUUGUCAUCAUCACCGAACGCAGCCUCCAUGAACCCAUGUACCUCUUCCUCUGCAUGCUGGCUGUGGCUGACCUCAUCCUGUCUACUACCACUGUACCCAAGGCUCUGGCCAUAUUCUGGUUUCACGCUGGAGCGAUUUCCCUUGAUGGAUGCGUCACUCAAAUCUUCUUCAUCCAUGCCACCUUCAGCGAAUCGGGGAUUCUGUUGUCCAUGGCGUUCGACCGCUAUGUGGCCAUCUGUGACCCACUGCACUACAGCACAGUGCUCAGUCACAUGGCGAUCAUUAGGAUUGGCUUGGCUGUGGUCCUGAGAAGCUUCUGUGUGAUUCUCCCAGAUGUGUUCCUGGUGAAACGGCUGCCUUUCUGCCGCAGCAACGUGCUGCCGCACACCUACUGUGAGCACAUGGCUGUUGCUAAAUUUGCCUGCGCUGAUAUUCGUGUCAAUGUUUGGUAUGGCUUGUCUGUCCUCCUCUCCACUGUAGUGCUCGAUGCCUUGCUCAUCUUGGUCUCCUACAGUCUCAUUCUUUACGCAGUCUUCCGCCUUCCCUCCAGAGGAGCCCGGCAGAAGGCGCUGGGCACAUGUGGGUCCCACCUUGGUGUCAUUUCCAUGUUUUACCUGCCUGGCAUUUUUACCAUAAUUACCCAGAGGUUUGGGCACCACGUUCCUCUCCAUACCCACAUUCUACUGGCCAACGUCUGCAUGUUGGCCCCUCCCAUGCUGAAUCCCAUCAUCUAUGGGAUCAAAACCAGGCAGAUUCGUGAGCGUGUGCUUAGUACUUUGGCUUCACAGUGGAAACUCUGCUAA